GUUGAAGACAUCAUCAUUAAAACAAAUACUACCUGUUGAAUAACAACAAACGAUAAAUAGCCAUGGUGAAGUUAUCAGAGGUACGGGCAGCUAACGCCGCGCUCAAAUCCACCCGCCCUCUCACAGCCGUUGUGGUUGGGGGAACCAAUGGCAUUGGGCGGGGCUUCCUCGACCAGCUCGCUUCGAAUACCACUAGCCCAAAGAUAUACAUCGUCGGGCGUAGCGAGGCGGUCUUGAGCCAACUACAAUCAGAACUCUACAAGAUCAACAACACAGGAACCUACAUCCCCAUACAGACAGAUGACCUCACACUGCUCUCAAAUGUCGAGAAGGCGACGCAGAAGAUCCUGGCCCAGGAGAAGCAGGUGGAUAUUCUCUUCAUGUCCGCCGGCUUCCUAACGUUCGCCGCCCGGGACGAAACCAGUGAAGGGCUCGACAAAAUCACCUCAAUACGCUACUACGCCCGGAUGCGCUUUCUCGUCAACCUUCUCCCGCUGCUGGAGGCAGCGCCCUCGCCGAGGGUGGUCUCCGUCCUGGCAGCAGGGCAGGAGGGCACCAUCUUCCCCGACGACAUGGCACUCAAAGACCCCAAGAACUACGGCGUCGCGAGCGCAGGCGGCAUGGCGGCAUCUUACAACACCCUCUUCAUGGAGCAGCUGCAAAAGCGCCACCCGCGCGUCAGCUUCGUGCACACGUUCCCGGGCCUUGUGCGGACGAACCUCCUCCAGACAGAGCAUUUUGGGCCCGUGUUCAAGUUUUUCAUCAACUGGGUCGUGAUGCCGACGAUUGGGAGGUUUGUCUUUGCAUCUCAGGAUGACUCUGGGGCGAGGCAUCUCUUCGCCGCCACCAGCCCGAUGUAUGCUGCUGCUGAGCCGGCUGAGGCAAUGGCUGUUGCUGGUUCGAACGGGAUUAAGGGCAGCGGCGUGUACACUUUGAACGAGAAUGUCGAUCCGGUGCACAAUGAAAAGGUGCUAGGUCCUUAUAGGGAAAACGGCAUGAGGGAAAAGGUGUUCGAGCAUACCAUGAAAGAGUACGAGAGGAUUCUGGGAUAGCACUGCAGGUUAUGUUUUGAAGUCCGUGAGCGGUGAUCGGUAGUUAUUCGCUGAC